UAUUGGGACUCAGUGCGCGAUGUUACAGCGCAAGCGAACCGAAAGAAAGCUGUUUUGACAAAUGCGUUUCCACUGGAAGCUGAAUGCAAGCGACAGAAAGCGAAUUGAUUUAUUUAAAUUCCCAUCUAAAGGAUCGAUCGGCCAAGCCCAUAAUCUCCUAUUCACCUUGUAUUUGAAGGUAGACAUAUUAUGACUUGGAUGCAGGAAUUUUUCUUUUGAUUAGAGAAUUUUUUUAUCAUCCAAAGAAGCCGCGGGUAGCCCGAUUCUCAUUGGCCCGCCAUAUCACGUGCCGAUAUCACGUGCAUCGGGAGGAAAAAGGGGGUUCUUUUGGUGUAAAUCUGGACUCUAAUUCCGUAAUAUAUCACCGUACCUCGUAAAACCGACACUGAAACGUCCCGGCCUACAAAUCACCAGCCAAAUUAUGAGUUCAUUGUAUUAUGCGAAUGCUUUAUUUUCGAAAUAUACAGCUGGAACUUCUGUUUUUCCAUCGGGGGUUUUUUCGGAACCAACUUCUUGCGCCUUUGCCUCAAACUCCCAGCGGUCGGGCUAUGGCUCUGGGUCGGCUUCUUACGCAGCCACUGUACCGGGUUUGUACAGCACAGCUAACAGCCUGCACCACCAGUCCCCGACCAUGUACACGUCUCCUUAUGGCCUCAACGCGAACUCCUUUAACAUGCACUGUUCUUCAUUUGAUCAUAACCUCUCCUCACUGAUGUGUGGCGCAGGGGACUCCUGCAAGCAGAGUUGCAGCAAGUCGGAGCAAAGAGAGACAGACCCCCAGUCCGAGAACUUCCGGAUCUAUCCUUGGAUGAAGAGCUCAGCUUCAGACAGGAAGAGGGGACGUCAGACUUACACUCGGUAUCAGACCCUGGAGCUGGAAAAGGAGUUUCACUUCAACCGCUACCUCACUAGACGGAGACGCAUCGAGAUCGCACACGCUCUCUGCCUGACUGAAAGGCAAAUCAAAAUCUGGUUUCAGAACAGGAGGAUGAAAUGGAAGAAGGAAAGUAAAGCGACCAGUCCACCUGAUGCAGGCGACGAAAAGCAAGAAGAAUGAAAACAAAAACUUUUAAAAACUCAACACGAGGGAUAAAAUUAAAAGACUUUUUUAAACAAGUGGAACGAUUUGUUCCUCAUUUCUUAACACUGAAACAGAAUACUACCUAAAUCUGUAACAGUUUUACUUGUAGUUUGUUUUGUACAGAUUAGAGGGGAAUAACCCAAAUCUAUAUUGUACAAGUACAGUAUAUAUAGAUCUGUGCGUUAGCUUUUUUGAUGUGAUGAAUUGUCGUUAUUGUAAUUAGCAUUGUUUUAUCUGGUGUAUUUAAAGGAAAACAAUGUCAGUGACUUUAUAUUUGUUACUGUAUUGAUGUAAUUUCUUGUCAUUAAGAAUAGUUUCCAAAAGGAGUCUUGUGUAGUCACAACCUGUGUACAGAUGAUUGUGUUCGUAUAAACUCCUGUUACAGUUAAAUAUAUAAAAUGGUGUUCUGGUGGAAGUAUUGAGUGUAACUCAACUGUACAUUUUUUUGAUAUUUAAAUAUGGACCAUUACGUUUGCUCAGUUGAGAUUUCGCGCUUUAGCUAUGAAGGAUGUAAACUGUUCUGUGAAAUAAAACUAGAAUGUUUUUCGUUA